CUGCCGAUCGAAACAGUCUCUUCUUCGUCGAUCGUCCAACACACAGCAAAAUGGCGGAUAAGGACAAGAAGGUAAAGAAGAAGAAGGCGAAAGAAGACGCGCCCGCCGAAGAGGCCCCAGCAGCGGCCGCUCCCGCCGGUGACAGGCAAUCCUCUCGCGGAAGCCGCAAGGCUAAGCGCACCGGAUCCAAUGUCUUCUCUAUGUUCUCACAGAAGCAGGUCGCUGAGUUCAAGGAGGCAUUCCAGCUAAUGGACCACGACAAGGAUGGCAUCAUCGGCAAGAACGACUUGCGCGCCACCUUCGACUCCCUGGGCAGGCUCGCGUCCGAGAAGGAGCUCGAUGAGAUGGUCGGUGAGGCUUCUGGCCCCAUCAACUUCACUCAGCUCUUGACUCUGUUCGCCAACCGCAUGUCCGGCGGCUCUGACGAAGAUGACGUCGUUAUCAACGCCUUCAAGACCUUCGAUGAAGAGGGAAAGAUCGAUUCUGAAAGGCUCAGGCACGCCCUCAUGACCUGGGGCGACAAGUUCUCCGCCGACGAAGUCGACGAGGCUUACGACCAGAUGGACAUUGACGACAAGGGUUACAUCGACACCACCAAGCUGAUCGCCAUGCUGACCGCCAGCGCUGAGGAGGAGGAAGGCGGUGAAGCCGCGUAAUGAUUCCAUCUCUACUAUAAGGUCUAAGACGCCAGCCGCAGUCAUCACGCCCGGCCACGGUUCACUCGGAUUAAACAUCACCAUAUGAACCAAACUUUUUUAUUUUAAUUUUCUACAUACAUAAUAAUUUAUUGUUUCCAACUUUUAUUUAUUUAUAUAUAAUGAAAAUAUAGUUCUACUAUUACCAAA